ACUCGCACCUCAACUCAACACUCCCUCAACCAACUACCAAACCCACAAGACUCAGUCUUUAACCACUCCAACCUUCAAAAUGAAGUUCUCCGUCGCCAUCGUCUCCCUUGCUUCCCUCGCCGCCGCUGCCCCCAGCGCCCCGGCCCCCGUUGAGGUUCGCUCCGGCGAAUGGCUCGCCUGCCUCAACCCCUGCGUCCGCGGCUGCCCCAAGCUCGGCUGGGCCUACCUUGCCUGCGUCGGUGCCUGCGAGGUCACCUGCGGCGCCAUUGCCAACCCCGGCGAUGUCAUCGACCUUGAUGGCCUCCGUGAGCUCGGCGUUGAGGUCGACGAUGUCGAGGCCUAAGCGUUUCAACACCAACUACCGCCUGUGAGACUGGAGGGUUCAGAUUGGGGGAUGAUUGUACUUGUUGAGAUGGGUGCCUGUGUUUCUAAUACUGGAGGACGGAUGUUAGGGAUUGGGUUGGGAGUCGAAACCUUGACUCGGAGGGCAAAUUCAACUUUGCCCGCGGUCAUUGCACGCACCACGGCUAGCUAGCUCACUCAAUGAUAUCCUUGCCUUCCG